AUGGCUUCGGUCCAGAUUCCUGGAAUCGGCGAGCCGUCAAUAACAACAGCCGAACCCGAGGAAAUAAUACUUCCAGUCGAAGAACAAGUUAAUAAAUUUAAUUUUUCAUUGUUUUAACAAUCCAAAUUUCAGAAAACAAGUUAUCGCGUCGUUGUGGACGUUGAUCGACAGGCGAUUUCGAUAGUUAGCUUGAGAAUUGGAGAAAUUAUCGACGAUCAUCGCUACAUUGAAAUUCAACCAUUGCCAGGUUCAAAAAUGCCCUAUUCUUCUAAAAAAAAUCUGGCUAAAUUCAGAAGAUCACUACCAGAGGAUGGGCGUAAGGGUAGAGGAGAUUGAUUACGAUGAAAAUUUGGAUAUUCGUAAGUUAAUAAAUAUAUUUUUGAACUAAUAAAAGACUAAAUUAAAGACUGCGACAUUUGCGACACUUUCUACCGUCCUUUCUGUCGGGAACACCCGCUUUUCAGUAUACCUGAUAAGAAUUACGUUAGUUUUCAUGAAAAAUAAAAUCAGAAUGAUUUUGUUUACAGUUGCCUAGUCCUAUCUUAACAAGAGCUCGUGGAACAAUGCCGCCAUUAUUUGAUAUCAAAAAAUCGAAAAUUCCCAAUGCUGGCCUUGGAGUUUUCGCCAAAAUGUUGAUUCCGGUUGGUUCCUUGGAAAAAUAUUAAAUUCCAUUGUUAAUUUCGAUUUUAAUUCUUAUUUUUACGAUUCGAAAGUUCUUUUUGUUGUGUUCAGAGGCGUAAAAAGUGUUAAAUUACUUGAAAUAAAAAAAUUUUCCACGCGGCCUUUAUUCACCUCUAUGAGGGUUUUUUUGAACAGAAAAAAAUAUUUUUUUCAAACAGGAAAAAAAUUUGAAUUCUAUUGAAAAAAAGCAGCCGAAGUUUGAAAAAAAUUAGAUGAAUUUCUUGGUUUCUGAUCAGUUUUUUUCACUCUUCUUCUAUCUUAUAUGUUCAUCUCCAAUCCCAAAAAAAUUGAAAAAAAUAUUGGAUUUCAUGUUUAUUUUUUUGAUUUUUGAUUGAUAUUUUUCACUGUUUGAAAGUUAUUUUUUUAUUGUGUUUAUGGCGUGAAAGUUUCGAAUUAUUAAAAAUAAAAAAUGUUUCCACGCGGCCUUCAAACGCCUCUAUGAGGAUUUUUGAACAGAAAUAACUCUAGAAACAGGAAAAAGCUCGGAUUUUAUUGAAAAAACAGCCGAAACUUGAGAAAAAUGAGACGAAUUGGUUUCUUACUGUUUUUUAUGUUCAUCCCCAAGCUUCAAUUCCAAAAAUUGAAAAAUUAUUGGAUUUCAUGUUUAUUUUUGAUUUCAAAUGAUAUUUUUACGAUUCAAAAGUACUUUCUUGUGUUCAGAGGCGUAAAGUCUUGAAUUAUCAAAAAUAAAGAAAAAUGUUUCCACGCGGCCUUCAAACACCUCUAUGAGGAUUUUUCAACAGAAAUAACUUUUAAAACGGGAAAAAGCUUGAAUUUCAUUGAAAAAGCAACCGAAACUUGAGAAAAAUAAGAUAAUUUCCUUCUGACAUGGUUUCUGAUCAGUUUUUCGUUAUUCUAUAUGUUCAUCUCCAAGUUGCAAACCUCCAGAUCGGAUUCGUUUUUGGCCCUUACGCCGGGGCUCGUCGAGAAACUGACACAGAAAUCAAGGUCGACGGUUACGCGUGGGAAAUCAACGACAAAGAAAGUGAGAAGAAAAUAUUUAUUUUUCCAUUAAAAAGUUUCCAGAAAAAUUUCUACGUUGACGGGGCCGAUGAGAAUGAAUCAAACUGGCUGCGGUUUAUAAACAGUCCUAGAGGUUUUUUUCAAAGAUUCUUCAUGAUUAAAAAAACAUAAUUCUAUUUCCAGGAGAAGAAGAGCAAAAAUUUGUUGGCUUUUUCAACUCAACGGAAAAAGUUUAUUAUCGCGUUAUUAUGCCCAUUAAGGCGAAAGACGAACUUUUGGGUAGGUUUUAAUGAUUAAAAAAACUUUUUGGAAUGAAAUUAUUAUUUGUGAAAAAUUGGAAGGAUUCAUGAGUUUCAGGCAAAAAAAUGCCAGUUUUCACGAAAUUUCUUGCCCAUUUUUUUGACCAAUUUUGAUAAUAAAUUACCAUAUAACUUGAAGAAAAUUCUUUAUUUUUUUAAUUUCAGAAAGUUCCAUACGCCGAUCUGUCAAAUAAAAAUUUUAAAAAAACCCCCCACAAAUUUCCGAAUAAAGUUUAAAAGCUGAAAAAAAUCAAAAAAAGGUGGUUAAAGUGGUUACUUAAGGGUUUUCAAAAGCCAAAAAAAAUUUCCAAGCAAAAAAUGGCAGUUCCAAAAUCACCUAUUAUCUUUUUUUAAUACUUGAAAAACCUUCCAAAUUUCCUAAUCAAAAAUUUCCUAAUGAAAAAAACUGAUCAUAAAUCAAAAAAAUUUUUUUUUGCAGUUUGGUACGGCGCCAAUUUCGGCCACAAGCUUCUGAAAGCCGUCCACAAGACUUCCAACGUCAAAAAAGCCAAAAAUCCAUUCAUUUACUAG